GACCGAGCGUGACCUUGCGGUGUUUUCUAAGUUCCGCUGGUCUAUUACAACCUACUUACACGCUGGACACGGAAGCCCUCGGAAUCCACGACUGCACGCAUACUACAGUUCCACAGUGGCUGCAAUGACUGAUGCGGUUGCGAAUGUAAUUGCAGAAGGAAGUGCGCGCAUUAAGCUACCAGAAGGCGUUUUUUACAAUCGCGUUCAGGAAUUCAAUCGUGAUCUUACGGUCGCCGUUUUGCAGUGGUUUCAAAAGGUUCACAAAAAGGAGUGGUUAAUGAAGAACGAAAAGCGCUUGAACUCGCCUUCCCGGCUUUCGCAGUCCCAAUACAGUGGAUUACGAAUUCUAGAAGCUUUAGGUGGUUCUGGCAUACGAUCCGUUCGGUUCGCUUUGGAAGUUCCUAAUAUCGGAGAAAUAGUUUGUAACGAUUUGGAUGAGAGGGCCGUCGAAAUGAUUCACCAAAACGUUUUACUUAAUGGAGUCAAUAAGUUCGUCAAAGUCUCCAAUUUGGAUGCAGUGAACCUGAUGCAUGUAUACAAGGAGUUUCCAGCCGCCCCGGUGGACAACGCACACACAGAAAAGCAAUCCAGUAGUAUCGAGAGAGCAAGACUUAGUCAGCGUAUGCUGUUAUCAUUAAAAACAGGACCAGUUUUAAAGCUCCAAAUGGUUUAA